AUGGAACUCCUCCCAUUCUACAGCCUCGACCACCCUCCCCCACCCUUCCAGAACAAAGGCAUCUACCUCAACCUGUCAACUUUUCCAUCGAAUGUAACUGGUCUGACGGUUAUCAUGACCGGAGCCAAUGGCAUCAGCGGGUUUCACACUCUCAAGGUCCUCUUCGAUGCACCGCAGCAAUGGAAGAAGCCACAUCAGCCCCGCCGUCUACGCCGCUGCGCCGUGCAGGUCCACCUUCGGGAGACCGCUCGAGUUCCGGGGCACGCUGGCCGCCUGGCUCAGGGACCGGACCACGCGAACUCGUACGCUCAACUUACCGGCUACUUGUCCGAGUCGGCCGUCCUGAAGGAGCGCUGCGGGGAUCAGGCCGUCCGCUCGAGCGACCAGGACCAUUCAGCAACGUGGUGUUCCGGCCUGAGCUUGCUCGGUGGUUCGGCCUUUCGAAAAUUGGACCCUGAGGGCCAAUUCAUGUCCACGGGCUACGCUGUGCGGCCUGACGCCUACGGCCGCCUCAGUCCGAAGAAAACCCGCUCAAUGGGCUGGAACGGAUUCUUCGAUACGGCGGAGGGCAUUUUUGCGACGUACAUCGAGUUCAGAAAGCUUGAUACGGGGAUAGUAGUUGUGGAGUUCGCCGAGGUCGAAGGGGCGAAGGACGAUGUGGAGGACGGGGUCGUCGAAGCACUAGAGGUUCCCGAAGUCGUUGUAGCGGAACUCGUGGAGGACGAGAUCGAGAUGAUAAUGGAGGAGGUGGAAGAGGGGGAUGAAGAUGAGGAUGAAGAUGAAGACGAGGAUAGAGAGGAGCUCACGGUUGAUGAGCUUCCAGGCGUGCUGGUGGAGGAACUACCCAAGCUGGUCGUUGAAGAGCUUCCCAGGCUACUGGUCGACGAGCUGGUGUUGCUCGUAGACGUGGGGCUUGGUGUCGUGGUAGUGGAACUCGACAACGACGAUGCGGUCGAGGUAGUGCUGGUGCUGGUGCUGGUGCUGGUGCUAUGGCUAGAUGUCGUGCUGCUGCUGGUUGCCGUGGAGGAGGAGCUCGAGCUGGAUGUGGUGGGCGAAGUGGUGGUUCCUGCGCUAGAGCUCGAAGUGCUUGAAGUUGACGAAGUAAGGCUGUUGGUGCUUGAUGAAGCCGUGUCGGUGCUUGAGGACGAGGAGGUUGUGGUUGUUGGUGCGUUGGUAGACGAGGAUGAAGCCGAAGAGGAUGUUGUCAGUGUUGAGGAAGUGGAGGCAUCAGUCGAAGUGGAAGAAGUAGAAGAAUCGGUGGACUUAGAGGAAGUGGAUGAAUCGGUGGACGCAGAGGAAGUGGAAGAACCAGUGGAUGUAGAGGAAGUGGAUGAAUCAGUGGAAGUAGAAGAAGUAGAAGAGUCGGUGGACGUAGAAGUAGAAGAAUCAGUUGAAGACGAUGAUGAAGAAGAAGACGACGUGGAAGAAGACGACGUGGAAGAAGAAGUCGUUGAAGAAGUCGUCGUUGUAGGAAAGAUAAAGGUCGGCAUCUUGGCAAGGCUGCUACAAAACUCAGCAGAAAGAGAUGGGGGGUGUUGUAUGCAGCAGGAGCUUUACCAGGGGUCUAUGAAUGUCUAG